AUGCCUCCGUUACCAGGCGAGGAGCGAGUUCUGACUCUCUUUGCCGAUAUCCAUUAUUACUUUGCUGCACCAACUCCGAAACCCGUUUUCCAUCGGUUCGAGAAGAGCUCCUAUCUAUAUCUAUACCGCAACAACAUCCAGCAGAAGACGAGGAUUGAAGCAGCGAAUAACCCCGGUACCCCCGAUCAGGAUGCGUUUUAUGGGGUUCUCGAUAAUGUCCAUAUACAACACUCUACCUCAUUUCCGUCUCGAUGUACAAUAACCGUGGAUGGACAGGCACAACAAGCGCAAGGAGGACUGUCCUUUCCCCCACCUCCAAAUGGCGCGAACCAUUACGAAUGGCAAUUGCCCACUAACGACGCUCACAAUCCUAUGCAGCGUCUCCAUACUCUAGAUGUCUACUUCUGGACUCCAGGGGAUGCCGACCAAUUCUUAGACUUGCUUGAAAGCUAUCUGUCGCGCGCGCAGGUAGAAACCGACCGGCACCCUUUUCCAUCAGGCUCUUCAGCAGGCAACGCCACAAGUACAGUCGUCCAGCAAUUGGAGAACGUGGCCAUCACAGACCCGGCUUACCAGAAUGGACAAACCCGGAAUUCCCAAUCAGAAUCGGCGGUCGUGAGCCCUGCGCCCAUUGGUCUCCCUCCACCACCUCCCAUAGGCAAUCCAGCCGCGUUGCCCCAACACAUAUCCCCGGUCAGCCCUCCUGCUGAGCAAAAGAGAGACUCCACCCAGCUUGCCCCUCUACCAUAUAACCCGGCCGCCCCCGCAGCGCCAGAACCCAUCAAGCACCGCGAGAAAACACCUCCUCCUCCCGAUGCCGCAGACGGAACCGGUCUCGUCGCCGCCAUAGCAGCGGACAACGGCGUGCCCUACACUAACCCCAGCCAAACCAUCGGAGGAGGCUACCCCGCUACUACCACUGCUGCUGGUAUACCCCCUCCUCCCCAACCACAACUUGCGCAAGCCCCGCCAACACCAUACUCCAUCCCCGGAUCCUACGCCUCUCCACCCCCAAGCGCAGGGCUUCCCCGCACAGGCUCCUUCCCACCGCAAACACCUAUCCAAAGCCCGCCAGUGCAAACACCACCUGUCCAAAGCCCACCAGCUACAACUCCCUCAUACCAACCAAAUCACCUCCAAGGAGGCCCCCAGCAACAGGUCCCAAUCACCCAGCCCGCCCCGCCCGUUCACACCUACGCUGCCCAGCCUCAACAAGUCCAUCAAAUCCAAAAACACCAACAACCGCCCAGCUUCUACGGCAGCCAGGUCCCGACAAUAGGCGGCUACUCAAAUUACACCUACGACCAGACACCCAGCCAUCAGCAUCAGCAUCAGCAUCAACACCAACACCAACACCACCACUCGCAGCAUCAUCAACAUCAACCAUCUUCAUCCGAAUAUGACAUCCACAGGCAAAUGUAUCGGCCCACGGAGGUAGAAGCAGGCUCACAUCUUCAAGAGCAUGCGAAGCUAGCAAUACAACAACCCCCGCAGCGGUCACGGAAACUAGAGGACUCGGCUUCGAAAGUUGAGGGCAGCGUGAAUCGGUUUUUGAAAAAGUUGGAGAAGAGGCUUUGA